AGGACCCCGGCAACAAUGCCUCUGUUGAAACUUGCAGCUAAAGAAAAACAAAUUGAUGAUGCAUUACGUAGCUUUGCUGAAAAAGUGUUUGCCUCUGAAGUCAAAGAUGAGGGAGGCCGUCAUGAGAUUUCCCCCUUUGAUGUGGAUGAAAUCUGCCCAAUUUCUCAUCAUGAGAUGCAAGCACAUAUAUUCCGCCUGGAGGCCACGUCCACCUCUAUAAAAGACAGGAGAAAAAAACGUUCCCAUGGACAGAAGACCAUUAACUUGUCCAUUCCCCAAAGUGAAACAUCUUCCAUCAAACUGUCCCACAUCAACGAAUACAUUUCUUCUCCAACCUACCAGACCGUGCCUGACUUCCAAAGAGUGCAGAUCACUGGAGAUUAUGCCUCGGGGGUUACAGUUGAAGACUUCGAAAUGGUUUGCAAAGGUCUAUACAGGGCAUUGUGUAUACGGGAGAGGUAUAUGCAGAAGUCAUUUCAGAGGUUCCCUAAAACCCCUUCCAAGUACUUGCGGCACAUGGAGGGUGAGGCUUGGGUAGCAAAUGAGAGCUUCUACCCAGUCUUUACCCCUCCUAUGAAGAAAGAAGACCCCUUCCGAACUGAUGACCUCCCAGAAAACCUCGGUUAUCAUCUCAAAAUGAAGGAUGGUAUAGUUUACGUCUAUCCUAAUGAGGCAGCAGCCGGUAAAGAUGAGCCCAAGCCACUCCCUUAUCUAAAUAUGGACACCUUCUUAGAUGAUAUGAAUUUUUUACUUGCUUUAAUUGCCCAAGGACCUGUUAAGACCUAUACCCACCGGCGCCUGAAGUUCCUCUCCUCCAAGUUCCAGGUGCAUGAGAUGCUCAACGAGAUGGAUGAGUUAAAGGAGCUGAAGAACAACCCCCACCGAGAUUUUUAUAACUGCAGGAAGGUGGACACCCACAUCCAUGCAGCUGCUUGCAUGAACCAGAAACAUCUGCUGCGCUUUAUUAAGAAAUCUUACCAGAUUGAUGCUAACAGAGUGGUCCAUAGCACUAAGGAGAAAAAUCUGACCCUAAAGGAACUUUUUGCCAAAUUAAAAAUGCAUCCCUACGACCUGACUGUUGAUUCUCUGGAUGUUCAUGCUGGACGCCAGACCUUCCAGCGUUUUGAUAAGUUCAAUGACAAAUACAAUCCUGUCGGAGCAAGUGAACUACGAGACCUCUACCUAAAGACAGACAAUUGUAUUGAUGGAGAAUAUUUUGCCACUAUUAUCAAGGAGGUAGGCGCAGACCUGGUGGAGGCCAAGUACCAGCACGCCGAGCCCCGCCUGUCAAUCUACGGCCGCAGUCCUGAUGAGUGGAGCAAACUGUCCAGCUGGUUUGUCCGUAACCGCAUCUACUGCCCCAACAUGACCUGGAUGAUCCAGGUCCCCAGGAUCUAUGAUGUGUUUCGAUCUAAGAAUUUCCUUCCACACUUUGGAAAGAUGCUGGAGAAUGUUUUCAUGCCAGUGUUUGAGGCCACCAUCAACCCGCAGGCUCACCCAGACCUCAGUGUCUUCCUCAAGCAUAUUACUGGCUUUGACAGUGUGGAUGAUGAGUCCAAACACAGUGGACACAUGUUCUCGUCCAAGAGCCCCAAGCCCGAGGAGUGGACAAUGGAAAAGAAUCCAUCUUACACCUACUAUGCCUACUACAUGUAUGCAAACAUUGCGGUGCUCAACAGCCUGAGAAAGGAACGAGGCAUGAAUACGUUCCUGUUCCGACCUCACUGUGGGGAAGCUGGGGCUCUCACCCACCUCAUGACCGCAUUCAUGACUGCAGAUAAUAUCUCUCAUGGCCUGAAUUUAAAAAAGAGUCCUGUGUUACAGUACUUGUUUUUCUUAGCCCAGAUUCCCAUCGCUAUGUCGCCAUUAAGUAACAACAGCUUAUUUCUAGAAUAUGCCAAAAAUCCUUUUUUAGAUUUCCUCCAAAAGGGACUGAUGAUCUCACUGUCGACAGAUGACCCAAUGCAAUUCCACUUCACCAAGGAGCCCCUAAUGGAAGAAUAUGCCAUUGCUGCACAAGUGUUCAAGCUGAGUACCUGUGAUAUGUGUGAAGUGGCAAGAAACAGUGUUCUGCAAUGUGGAAUUUCUCAUGAGGAGAAAGCAAGGUUCCUGGGCAACAAUUACCUUGAAGAUGGCCCUCUUGGAAAUGAUAUCAGGAAGACAAAUGUUGCCCAAAUCCGCAUGGCCUAUCGCUAUGAAACCUGGUGUUAUGAACUUAAUUUAAUUGCUGAAGGCCUUAAAUCAGGAGACUAA